GUUGGUCCAGGGAUAGUUCCUCCUGCCUUGCAUCCUGGGUGAGUUCUGGCCACCUGAGACCCUGAACUAGAAUAAUGGGUCUGGCAGCUGCCACUACCAUCCUGAUAACAUUGCUCUCUGGAGGAGACAUUGAGGACCAUAUCCCUAGAAACACAGGGUCUUGUUAUGUUGCCCAGACUGGUCUCAAACUCCUGGGCUCAAGCGAUCCUCCCACUUCUGCUUCCCAAAGUGCUGAGACUGCUGUUACAAGCUACUGCACCCAGCCCCAGCUCAACUCUGUAGUAGAAAACUGCAACCUCUGCCUCCUGGGUUCAAGUGAUUCUCCUGCCUCAGCCUCCAGAGUAGCUGGGAUUAUGGCAUGCACCACCACACCCAGCUAAUUUUUGUAUUUUUAGUAGAGACAGGGUUUCACCAUGUUGGCCACACUGGUCUUAAACUCCUGGCCUCAAGUGAUCUGCCUGCUUUGGCCUCCUCUGUAAGUGCUGGGAUUACAGGUGUGAGCCACCAUGCCCAGCGAUUCUUUCCCCUUCUUUGUAUCUGGUUCUCUUAUGCAACUAAUAUAGCCUAAAUACAUCCUUAAUCAGGAUAGAGGAAAACCUGAUAUAGACGAAGUUCUUCCUUUUGGCCUGGUGGAUUGUGGGAAAAGUAACAGAAGGCAAGUGGUAGCAAAAGCAACUGGUCAGACACUUGUGUUCUGGCUUGCUCCCUCCAGGCAACAGACUGGAAGAGGGAAGAAGAGUAUGUGGUACAUAAACUGGGAGAGAGCCAGAUGCAAAAGCAGAGGGUUCUUAUGCCCCAGUCCUAGCUCAGCACUCUGAAAAAAGACUGUAGUGUAGAAUGGCUUACACCAACCUGCUGCUACCACAGAACAAGGAAGGUGGCAAGGAGGUCUGGUUCAGCAGAGAGAGGGCCUGUAUUCCCAUUCACAAACUUGCCUUUCCUCUUAAAAGGCAGAGAAGGGCUCCAGAAGUUCCCAGACUCCCCUGUAGAACCAGACAAGGUAGGUAACAGAAAUGGCAGCUUUAGGACCUGUCAUAAUGGAGCCUCUGUGGUUAGGGGUGAGAUAGAUAACAGUAACGCCAAGGCCAGGGGCUAUAACAAGCCUAAGCUGGGGGGGCUAGAGAGAGGACCUGGCUCAACUUGGUGGCAUCUGCAGUCCUUGCAGAUGUGAGGUAGGGUGGAUCUAACUGAGCCUAGGAGCAACACUGCACUUGGAAAAGACCACUGCAAGGCUCUGGGAACCUGACUGGAUCAGGCACUUCAGAGCAGAAGCAGGAGACAGGCCCUGCAUUCAAAUGAAGGCUCAUCUCCCCCACCACAGUGGGAUCCACAUGCCCAAGCACCAUCUGUAGAGAAGUAGAAAAUGAACAAAGGGGUUAUUGGUAAGAUAGCUAAUCUACCCUGUGCAGAAAAGAAUUAACUUUGCACAAAGAGAAGUUAGGCCUUUGUUCCUGAGAGUAAUCCUCAAGCCUUUGGAAUGUUCUGCCUGAGUUACCUGAGUCUAUACUAACAAGGUGAUUAUGGUGGGGCCCUGGGCUUUGCAGUAUCAACCCAACCUCUGGAGGGCUGGAAGCUAAGGUAGUCAAAGGGUGGUCAAUAGUAUCUACUGGCAGUCAACCAUAUCUGUGUAACCAAGCCCCAGUUAAAAACUUGGGACACCAAGGCUCUGGUGAGUUUCCCUGGCUGGCAGCACUCUGCAUAUUGCCUGACAUAGUUGCUGGGAGGAGUUAGCACUGUCCAGAGUUCCACUGUGAUAUGACAACUAGAAGCUUUGCACAUGGAACUCUCCUGGACCCUGCCACAUCGUGCCUUUUCCCUUUGCUGAUUUUCAUUUCUUUCCUCUCACUGUAAUAAACCAUAACUGCAAGUA